UCCCCCACCCAGCCGCCACCCCUCUCCUCUCGCUCUCUGUUCGGCUCACCAGCAGAUCCACUUAAUCCGGCCGGCACCACCCCCGCAUCCCGGACGGCCAGGCGCUGACCCCGCCUCCCCCGAGCUGGGUGCCGCCCCUGGCCCCUGGCUCCUGGCUCCCUGAGCACCCCACGCAGACACCCAGCCUCCACCGAGGCCCAGAUCCGGGCGAUGCCCCGCGCGACCCUGCUUCCUUGAGGGCCGGGCGUGGAGGAGGCAUAUCCGGUGCAAUCACCGAACUGGUGAAAGCACCGUGAAAGCAAACUAAAAAGGUCUUCAAAAAAUUCUGAAAAAAAUCAUGAAUGUACAUCUCGGUCUACCCCAUCUACAUAUAAAAUUUCACGAUCAAAUUCAUCUUACACUUGCAGUUACAAAAAAGACAAAUUUUCUGACAAUCAUUAACGUUCAAAUGCAGCCCAAAUUUGUCUUUUUUGUAACUGUUAGAGUAAGAUGAAUUUGAUCAUGAAAUUUUAUAUGUAGAUGGGGUAGACCGAGAUGUACAUUCAUGAUUUUUUUCAGAAUUUUUUGAAGACCUUUUUAGUUUGCUUUCACGGUGCUUUCACCAGUUCGGUGAUUGCACCGGAUAUGCCUCCGGGCGUGGACCCGCCUCUUCUGAGCCGGGCGCCGCCCCCACCGGCCGCUGCCGCCUGCACGCUGCGGGGGAUGCCGCCGACCGCGGACGCCGCCUGUACACCGUCGCGGGAUGCCGCCGACCCCCGCCUCCUGCACGCCGUCGGGGGACUCCGCCGGAGGCCAUCUCCAGAUGCCGGCCACUGUCUCCACAUCGAUGCCCCCCAACUGGAGACCUACCCCGAGUUCUCCUCCCUCGAAAUCUUCCCGUAUAUCCCCUCUCGCUGUGAAGCACGACAUGCACAGGCAAUGUAUGCUGAUUUUGGAAAAGAACCGCCUGCAGAGCUGCUGUCCCGUCUAGAAAAUAUUGAUGCACGUCGUCAACAGGCUGUUGGCUCAUCACAUGGAGGCUCUCACUCAGUUGAUAGGCGCGAUGAAAGCGACGAUGAUGACACUUACAAUGAAAGCGAUGCCGACAAUGACGACGACGACGACGUCGAUGAUGAUGCCUCCUUUGAAGGAAAUGAUGAAGCCAAUCCCUACCUAGAAGAUGACGUUGAUGGCGAGCGACCCAUCGAAGGAGAUGCUGAUGAUGAGAGAGCUGUCGAAGGCUAUUCAUGAUUAGUGACCAUGACUGUGACCUCAACUAAAGCAAGCAACCCCUACUGACUGGAGGAUGUGGUGUUGACUGUUGGCUUAUUUUGGUAGAUACUGCAUAUGCUAGCCAGAUCUUUUGCUAAUGUAUUUUGUGCAUGUGAUGUGACAUGUAGGCAUGAUACAAUAUUUGCCACAGAUUAUAUGUAGGCAUGAUGCAUGCAUAUGGCAGACAUGUUUGCCUUUAGCUAUGCAUAUGGACUUGUGAUGAACUAAUGGAUGUAUGAUUUAUAUAUUGCUUCAACGAUCAUAUAAUCCAAUUUGGAUCUAUAUUGAA